GUACUGUACAGAAAUAGCGUAGAAGGAACAUCAAAGAAGCAAGACAAAGGCAGUUCUCUAUAACCUUUUUUUCCUUUUUUGAUUAAGGCUUUGCACUCCAUGUGGCUGUAGGUGAUGCUGUACAAGAGAUAACGAGAGAUAGAUUUGGCAGAGAGGCACAGAGCGAGAUUUGGACAGACAGGAUGGAAAGGAGGGGAGGGGAGGAUUUAAAGGGCAAGAAACGGAGGGAGAUUUAGAUAGUGCCUACAGAGUGAGAGCGAGGGAAGAGAGCCAGCACAAAGCAGGAGCAGAGGCGGUGGAUGGGUGAAUAGAAGAGGAGAGGCAUUGACUGGAAGCAUACACAUGGGAGAGAAGAAAACAGCUAUUUCAUGUGCUUGUUGUGCAUGACUGAGGAGUGCGGCUGCCUGUCUGGAUUGUUAGUCAUCUGCUGCCCCACAGUUAGAGGACAUUCGAAGACGCAGAGGCAGGCUGGGGAUAUAGGGCUGCGUGCAGAGGAUGAACAGGGGAUGUGAGCUCUCUGCCUGUGAUCGCUGUCCUCAGACCCCGUAGCCACUUGCACUGGUGCUGUUGCAGGCCGUUAGCCUCGCAGUUAGGCAGCGGCAGUCAGAGUGGUUGAUACAGAAUGAGCUCCAAACACUCCUCCGACUGGAUUCCCUACAGCACUUUAGAUGACGAGGGCACCAACCUCCGACAGCAGAAACUGGACAGACAGCGCGCGCUCCUUGAACAGAAGCAGAAGAAGAAGCGGCAGGAGCCCCUGAUGGUCCAGUCUAAUGUGGACGGGAGGUCUCGCACUCGUCGGACCAAACAGAGCGAGGAACAGGCUCCGCUGGUGGAAUCCUACCUCAGCAGCAACAGCAGCACCAUCUACCACG